AGUCAGGUGCAGACAGUUGACGUGUUCGGUUGACAGAGGCGGAAAUGUGCACUAGUUUAUUUAGCCAAAGAUAAAAAACCAACUGACACACACAGAGCGCUUGAGAGAGCAGGACAGCAAGCAGCGGGCGAGCGAGUGAGAAGAUAGCCAGUCGAAAAACGAGGUAGCCCCCAACACAACAGCGAUGUCAGCGGCAACUAGAUAAAUGAUAAAUAGAAAAUGUGUAAAAUAAAUGCGACAACUACUGGCAAAUAGCAAAUAGAGCAAGACAAACAGCAGCAGCAGCAACAACAAGCGCCUGUGUGUCCGUGUCCCCGUGUGUGUGUGUGUGAGAGAGAGCGAGAGCGCGCGCGUGUGUGUGUGAGUGUUUUGUACAUGUGCCAGUGUGAGUGCGUGUCACAUAUCAGCAGAAGAAAAAACCAGCAGCAGCAGCAGCGGCAGCAGCACUAGAAGCAGAAGCAGCAGCAGUGGAAAAGCGCGCAGCCAAGCAGGAAAAUUUGUAAGCCAAGUCGGCAGAGCAGAGGCACCGCGGGAGCAGCGCAGCGCAGCAGCAGCGACGCCAGCAGAAGGUCGCAUCGCACACCACAGGAGGCUGCCACGCCCCACGCCCCCUUUCCAGGAAGCAGGACGCACGACACACCACACCCCCAUUCCCAACAUGGGCAGCGGACACUAUUUCUGGGCGAUCUUAUACUUUGCCAGCCUGUGCAGUGCUUCACUAGCAAAUAAUGCCAAAAUAAAUUUCCGAGAAAAGGAGAAAAAAGUCUUAGAUCAAAUUUUAGGUGCAGGCAAAUACGACGCCCGAAUACGACCAUCUGGAAUAAAUGGAACAGAUGGUCCCGCCAUAGUCAGAAUCAAUCUAUUCGUUCGCAGUAUUAUGACGAUUAGUGAUAUUAAAAUGGAGUACAGUGUGCAGUUAACCUUCCGUGAGCAGUGGACGGAUGAACGCCUCAAGUUCGAUGACAUCCAGGGUCGCCUAAAAUAUCUGACCCUGACGGAGGCCAACCGCGUGUGGAUGCCCGAUCUUUUCUUCUCGAACGAGAAGGAGGGACACUUUCACAACAUCAUCAUGCCCAAUGUGUAUAUUCGCAUCUUCCCCAACGGCUCUGUGCUAUAUAGUAUACGUAUCUCGUUGACAUUGGCCUGUCCAAUGAACUUGAAGCUGUAUCCGCUAGAUAGACAGAUCUGCUCACUACGGAUGGCCAGCUAUGGCUGGACCACCAACGACUUGGUGUUCCUGUGGAAGGAGGGCGAUCCCGUGCAGGUGGUGAAGAACUUACACCUACCUCGCUUCACACUGGAGAAGUUUCUGACUGAUUACUGCAACAGUAAAACCAACACCGGUGAAUACAGUUGCCUCAAAGUCGAUCUACUAUUCAAGCGAGAAUUCUCAUAUUACUUAAUACAAAUUUAUAUACCAUGCUGUAUGUUGGUCAUUGUAUCAUGGGUAUCAUUCUGGCUGGAUCAAGGAGCAGUGCCGGCGCGUGUUUCACUGGGUGUCACCACCCUGCUGACGAUGGCCACCCAGACGUCGGGCAUAAACGCCUCCCUGCCGCCCGUUUCCUAUACGAAGGCCAUCGAUGUGUGGACAGGCGUGUGUCUGACGUUCGUGUUCGGGGCCCUGCUCGAGUUCGCCCUGGUGAACUAUGCAUCCCGAUCAGGUUCGAAUAAAGCUAAUCGGGCCGCAGACAUGCAUAAGGAGAAUAUGAAAAAGAAGCGCCGCGAUCUGGAGCAGGCCAGUUUAGAUGCCGCUUCAGAUCUGCUAGAUACAGAUAGCAAUGCAACGUUCGCAAUGAAACCGCUAGUACGCCAUCCAGGCGAUCCGCUGGCCCUGGAAAAGCGGCUCCAGUGCGAGGUGCACAUGCAGGCCCCGAAGCGACCCAACUGCUGCAAGACCUGGCUGUCCAAGUUUCCCACAAGACAAUGUUCUAGAUCCAAGAGAAUCGAUGUUAUAUCGCGGAUCACCUUCCCGCUGGUCUUCGCCCUGUUCAACCUGGUCUACUGGAGCACAUAUCUCUUCAGGGAGGAGGAGGAUGAGACCUUCUAAGGCGCGUCUCUGAAAUGCGGUGGCUAUGUAGAAUCUAAUACGAAAUUAACUAAUUAUACCGAGGGAUACUUUGCGAUAUCGCUGUAUGCUACAGGCUAUGUGCCACGUGCUACAUUUAUGGUUAUGUCUCGGAACAGUGCAGAUAAGUUAAGCACGGUAUCCGGCAAGGCUCCAUGGCACUUCCACUGAACAAAUAAAAUAUAAUGUUUGAUGAAUGACGAAAUUCUAGUUAAUUGUAAGUUAAUUGAUCAAGAGUGACUGCAUAGUAGAUAAUGUUAUGAAUAAUUAUACUAUACACAAACUGACACACACCGCAACACUUGUUUGACUUGAUUUGUUUUGUGGAUGCUCUAAAUUGUUACAAAUUGAUUAAUUAUUUUAGCUGGUUAUCGACGAUAAUCGAGUUUUGUUCCGGACUCUAGCUUAGUUUUAAACGAAAUUCCAAUUGAUUUGUACUUAAAUGCGUUAAGAUAGUUAAGCCGUAAACAGCGAGAGGAGGUCGUAAAAAAUCCGACUUUUGUAAAUAUGUCAUACAAUAAGUUUUAAGCGAAACUAGUUUAUAUGAAUUCUAAUUGUAAAAAUCGUGUAGAUAAAUUUAAGUUUAGUCGAUAAACAAACCACUAACCGAUGCGAGAUACCUAGGUAAAAUCAAUUUAAUUAUGUUCACCAUCAAAGUAAAUAAAAAUCGAAUCGAAAAUAUCAAAGAAUCCUUCAAAACACACAGAAACAAAUACAGAACUUUCUUUUUGCAUUUUUUACCCAAACUACUCUUAAAUGAUAAGUUCAACAGAAACUGGUGGGUAUCUGCAAGGUAUUUCUACCCAAACUUUAUUAGAAACUUUCUUCAUUAUUUAUAUAGAUACGGCUUGCUUUUUGUUAUAGAGUUGAAUUUUUAUAGUAGUUAACUUGUUCUGGUAUUCACGGGAAGUAAAGCCCUCGAGAUCUGAUUUCUUUUUAUUUUGAAUCGUUAGAAUAUUAUAAUAAAUUUACAUUUACCUAAUUAUGUAUUGGGCCCAAGUGCCGCUUAGCUAGUUAAUUUCCUUAAUUAGACUUACAAUAUAAAAAUAUACAACAUGCAAACCAUAAACCAAUUAACUGACAAUACAAAAUAUUUUAUCAUGUAGUCGAAGUCCCUAAACAACUUAAUGGAUACUACACAUAAAUUUAUUAAAAUCAGUAUUAUAAGACAUAAAUUAGAUCCAGAUAUACAUAUACGGUUCUUUUCAUAUCCAACAAUAUCUUUGGUUAUUUAAGUGCCUUUUGUAUGCCAAGAAGAUUUUUCCCCUCUUUCUUAUCUUCUCUAUCUCUCUAUCUAUCUUCCAAACUUUUGAACGACUCCGAUCCUUUUUACACUAAACUCCUUUCCGAAACUCAAUUAGAGAAAUGCACUAACCGACACCAUAAACUAUGCAGCUCUAAUUUUAGAAUGAUAACUAAAGUGAAUUCUACAUAGCAACAACAGAAACAGAAACAGAACCAGAACCACAAUAACAACUUAAAUACUUCAGAUAAAUCGAAUAAAAUAUUUCAGUAGUUUUUUAAUAUUUUUAUUAACUUGAGCCUGUUUUAUCCACAUAUUUUCUUAAACUUUUUCUUUGGUUAAGGAAAUGCUUUUCGUUUGCUAUAAUUUAAAAUCUAAAGGUAAGAAACUAAACGUAAAAGGAAAUCAAAAAUCAAUUGAAACUUAUUCUAAUAUAUAGACACUACACAAGGCACCCUGCAUAAUAAUUGUUGUCAUUAAACAAGCGUCAUAAGUACGAUCAGAACAUAUAGAAAAAACGAAAACGGAAAUAUUUAUAGAUACUUUCAUGUUGUAAAAGUUGUGCCAAGCAAAGACGAAACCAAAAACUAGUCAAAGAAAGAAAAUUGAAUAAGAUCGCUAAUUAUAACUAUAACUCUAGCUAUAGUUGUAUUGUAUAUGAAGAAGCUAUUGAACAUACAGGGUUUUUAAAUGUGAGCAUAUAGUUGAUGAACCAGAUGAAAUCGGCAAAAUCGAACCAAAUUGAUGGCAGCCGGAAACGGGCUGAUUGAUUGAAAUCCGUUGAUUGAUGUACGCGAUGAAAAAUAAUCAAGACGUUGGAAAAACAAUUAAACUAGGUCAUACACAAUGGGCGGGGGAAAAACACCGUUUUCGGCAUUUAUUUUUAGUGAAAAGAGGAAACAUACUUAGGUUGUGUGCUGCUCUUCAUUUGCCGUUCUCCAAUUCGGUCAAUUAUCAUUUUUUCCGGCAAAUCGUUUAGCAGCGGCAGUCCAGUUCAGUGUAAAUAGUUUGGAUCAGAGCAUGUAAAUGUCAUUAAAAAGUUAGGUUAACGUGAAACACAACUACGGGAAUCGUAACACGAAAUGUGCACAACUUUAUAUAUAUAUAUAGAUGCGUUCCAAAAAGACUUACAGGUUUUGAUUAACAGACGAGCAUAGAGAGUAAAUCAUUUACCAAUGCGAUGUAAACACGAAAAGAAAGAACUAAAAGAACGAGUAGAUCCUAAGAUAACGUAUGUGUAGAUCUUAAGAGGCAGUCCGAAACCAGACUAGCUAAAGCAUGCACAUAACUAAGCUAUUAAACUACUAAGCGCCACGGCAAAUUGCAUUCACCACCCACUAUCUGAACUCACUUGAUCCACUCACUCACUUACCACUCACACCACUCACUCGAUGUUUAAUCUUUGCUAACCACACGAAAGAAAUCAAAAAACGACACCAAAUCGAAAUCGAAAAUGAAUCUAAUCUUUGCACAGUUUGUCGGGGACAGACGAGUUUGAGUAAUGCAAGUAAAAAUUUAGAUAGAUCAUAACACAUAUCUUCCAAAAUGGGGGCGGCUCAUGGCCCAUUGAUAACAAUCAAGCAACUCAAACUAUAAUUUCUAGAGAAGUGUAAAUAUACGAGCGACAAAAAGCCGAAUCAUUCGAAUCGAUGUUACGAUGGAUCGAUGGCGAUCGAAAAGUGAAUCAAUAAACACUGCAAAUCACCUUACUUUAUAGAGCUAAGUCAGGACAUGCACACCCGUACACCCCCAACAAAAAAAAAAAACCACAAAACACACGAUCCCCGACAGGAGAGGACUUAGCAAAGAUCACACUCACACGUUAGCCUGUAAGACCGAUUCGAUUCGAAGGGAAAGAUCGCAUGAAUUUCUCUGUAGUGCAAUCCAAUACUGGAACAUAACCCAAGCCCAGAAAGAAACAACGCCAAAACCACAAACGAAAGAAAUUCUAAAAGUACAUACAUAUAGACCCGGCAAUAACACAUCCAUGCCGUCGGUGGGAAAUUAAAAAAGAAAAUCAAAUGCCUAAGUGAAAGAUUAGUAGCAUAAUUUUACAGUAUAGUUGAAAUAAUUGUUGUCACCCGAAAGGAAGGAAAUCCUAGAACGGAAACCAGGAUGAAAACGAAAUAAUUGUGUAAAACCCCAGAAUAAUGAUGUUUGUGAAAUGUUUAUAAAUAAAUGAUGCAAAACGAAAUGAAACAAUACACAAAACA